UUCCACUUUCCCUGUCCUCAAAAACAUGGUGCUGAGGUGGACGUGCUGCCGCGCUGUGUUGAGCUACUGGCACACCCACUGACUUUAAGAUAUCCCAUGAGAUGCAACGCUGCCAAUUCAGACUUAAUUCCACCAAGUUUAACUUCAGCUCAACACAGCACCGAUCCUGAGGAUUAGGGAAACAGAUUAAGAGAGGGUUAACAUCUAAUAUGUGAAGUAGAGGUCAAUUAUCAACGCCAGAAAACCUCUAAAGAGAACUACAGUACUUCACUCAAGUUAGUGAGCUACCCAGGAUCGUAAUCAAAGUCGGCAGCUGUCUAAGGGGAGGAGUCGACAGGAACCAGAAGAAAGAGAAAGAAGCCUUGACCAUCAUCUGUCUUUCUUUCUUACAAGGAAACUCUUUCCAAGAUCUCACGAGCCAUCAUGGCGUCUAGCCCAGCAUGGAAGAGAAUGAAUUCCCAAGACUCGCCUACCAUCAUCAAGCCUUUCCACCCUGCUCCCCAACUGCAGAGAUCUGCCAGUUAUCCACCUCAAAACGGAGCAUCAUGUCGAGAAACAGGAAUGAUCGAGAAAAUGUUGGGUUCUUACGGUUUCAUCACCUGCUGCGAUCGUGAUGGACGUCUAUUCUUCCACGGGAGCCACUACGAUGGCAACAUGGAGAAUCUUAAGAUUGGUGAUGCAGUGGAAUUUGAAACCAUUCCGGAUUGCCGUUCGGGUAAACCCAUCGCUAGUAAGAUCAUCAAACUCAGCCAAGGAACCAUCUCAAGUGAAAUCAUCUCAGAGGAGCCUCUCUCAGGUCUCGUUGUUCUUGAAGCAAAAGCAAGCAGACAGAAAACACCAAUGGGUUGUCCAAUGACUGCUGAAUAUGGCCAGGUGGCGUAUGAAAUGAACGGCGAAAGCUUCUUUCUUGCCUAUGGAAUGGAAGACAUGUAUGACAAAGGACGCCUUCUCAAAAAAGGUGACAAAGUAGCAUUCUUUAUCGCUACCGACAAAAGAAACGGUAAUGUCCAAGCUCGUAGGAUCCGCAUGGUGGAACCAGUCCAAGUACCAAUGUUUCAGGGAGUCGUCUGCUCCAUGAAGGAAUCCUUUGGCUUCAUCGAGAGAGCAGAUGUUGUGAAAGAGAUUUUCUUCCACUACAGUAGCUUCACUGGUGACAUCAAUGAUUUACUACUUGGAGAUGACGUGGAGUUUGAAGUCGGCCACAGAAAUGAUAAGGAGGUUGCAGUCACUAUUAAGAAGCUUCCCACUGGUACCGUCAUCUUUGAAGACAUCGGGGAGAAUGACCAGGGAGGAUGCAUCACUAAAGUCAUCCCUCGCUUCACGACCAAGAAGACCAACGACCCAUUCCCUGGCAAACUCAUCUAUGUCUUGGAAGAUGGAGGGAAACGUGAACUGUCGUAUGGAGACAAAGACCUGCUCCAUUCAUACACGCUAUGCGUGGGUGACAUCGUCAACUUUCAAAUCGCCACUGACAAACGAGACCAUCUACAACGAGCUACAAACCUGGAGCUGUCUGAAGCCACCUUCAAGGAGGGAAAAGAAGUUAGGGAAACGGGCAUUAUAGCAGCAGUCAAAGAGGGCUUUGGUUUCAUCAAGUGUGUAGACCGAGACGCAAGGAUGUUCUUUCACUUCAAUGAAAUGCUUCACUCUGAGGGUGACAUCCAUAUAUCUGAUGAGGUUGAGUUCUCGGUUAUGUCAGACCCCACUCAAGCCCAGCGUCAGAUCGCUACCAGGAUUAAACAGCUCCCUAAAGGCAGUGUCACCUUUCAGAACGUUCUGCCUCAACGCCUUAAAGGAGUGGUGGACAGACUCCCCGAUAACUUAUGGGGUCGGAGUCCAGGGAAGAAUCGUGACCACACCCCAGAGCUUGGUUUGAUCCGCUACCAGGAGGACGAUAAGGAGGUGUCCGUUAAGUUCCAUGCCAAGGACACCGAUGUGCGUGUCCCUCCGGAUGUCAAAGAUGAGGUGGAGUUCAACAUCGCAGAGUUGAAGCGUGACAAAUCCCACUUGGCUGUGGCUAUCGUUGUAUUGAACCGAGGAGCUAAGACAGACAAGCAGGGCUACAUUGCUGUACUGAAAGACAGCUUCGGUUUCAUCGAGACCGCUGAACACGAUCAUGAAGUCUUUUUCCAUUACAGCGAGUUUUCUGGUGAUGUCAAUGACAUCGAUGUUGGAGAUGAAGUGAGUUAUUCUGUCAUCAGGAAGGGACCCAAGAUCAGCGCAGAGGAGGUCUCCAAGUUGCCCAAAGGAACUAUCGUAGUGGAGCCGAAGAAACCUGGAAUUCUUCAGGGUAAAGUGAUCCGUCCAUUAAGGAAUAUUGACCCUCAGCAGGCUGCGUACAAUGGUCUCAUUCAAGUUGUUAAUGAAGAUAACAGUGACGGUGCCGUUUACCCAUACUGCAUCAUCAGCCUGACAGACAGUCAUGACUUCCUGCAGAAGGGUGACCCUGUCCAGCUGCAGCUGUGCAUCGCUAACAUCUCCGGGAAGGAGUGGGCGUGUAACGUGGUCGCCAUUCGAAAGAUUCUACGCACUCAUGUGGACUCCAUCAAGAACAACUUUGGAUUUCUAAAUUACGACACUGGUGAAGGCAAGAAGUUAUUCUUUCACAUGAGCGAAGUCCAAGAAGGAUGCGAUCUUCAUCCCGGAGAUGAAGUGGAAUUUGUGCUGAUUCAAAACCAACAAAAUGGCCGCCACAGUGCCAUCAAUGUCAGACGACUCAGUGAGAUUCAACGUCCAGGCCAUCUGAACCGUUUGAAGAGUGUCCCGAGCGAAGAGAGAGGUCCGAAGACGAUGGUCAUCAGAACGCCUAAAGGACCCGACGGUACAAAAGGCUUCAACCUGGGGAGGACUAUCUUGAACGGAACCGAAGAACGGAGUGUGUAGAAAGGGAACAUCUUAGGAAGGUCUCUGUCGUACCUGUAAAGGCUAAGGUUUCUCCUCGACAGGCUACCAGUUGCCAAUAUAUGUUAUCAAUGAUAAUUGGAUGGUAACCAGAAAUGACUAACUUGCUGUGAAGCAGUUGUCGUUAGAUUUGCCAAGUUCAUUAACAGAUUUCAAGGGGGCCCCAAGUCAAAUUUUUUAGCUGAAUCUGCUUAGUUCAAAGAACCGUGCUAAGCGUACCUUACAUGCACAUGUCAGCCCAAAUCUAGUUCAUGAAGUUUGUAGUUUUCAAUUCGGGAAAAAAAGACAAUUGCUGAUCAAUUCUUUGCUCGCCGAGCCUCUUUUGAAAUCUGAUAAUCCUGAACUUGGAGACUUUUGAACUUUAGGUGGUAGCAGACUUACCAGGUAAGUUUAUUGUUUACGUAGUUCUGAACAUGGGCAUGUUUCCAUGAACAGUGGAUUUACCAGGCAAGUGUGCUGCACCUAGACUCUCCAAAAGUCCCCCUAUUGGCCAGAACUUGUUGAAUCUGGAAAAUCUCAAAGAAAAAUAAUAUUUAUUUUUUAUUCUAGUUUUUUCCUCUUUAUUGGAGGUAGGAGAUUAUAAGGAGGAAUUGAGGGCAGUAUUAUCUUGUGUACGAAUUUCAGCACUAAGAUGUUUAAGAAAAGCAUUUUUUUUCCCCUUUUUUUCAUGUGAUUUAUUUAUUUGAUUGAUUUUUUUGUUAGUUUUUUUUUUUUUAAGUCAAUGAAAACAAAUGUGCUGCCAGUAAGUGAAGAGUAUUGGACUACUCAAUGUGGAAGAAAAAAGAAAGAAAAAAAUUAUACUAAAAAAAAAAAAAAAAAAAAAAAAA